ACGGCGCCUGCGCGGGAGGCUAGGCGGUCCCGGCAAGCGGCGCCGCGGGGUUGGCUGCUAUCCUGAGGCCGGACUCAACAGGUCCCGGCUGAGCCACUAGGUGAGCUCCGCCCGGCCCCAGCCACGAGCCUGCGAGGGAGCGAUGCGGCGCCGCGCGGACUUGCUGAAGCACACUCCCACCAGCCACCCCGACCACCCCUUGCUGCAGGACGCCCUCUGCAUCUCACAGAACUUCCUAUCCAGCAUCAACGAGGAGAUCACACCCCGACGGCAGUCCAUGACGGUGAAGAAGGGGGAGGUGCUACGUGGUCUCCGGGGCUCCAGCUUUGAUGUGAACCUGGUCAACUACUUCCUGUUCCCUGAGAGGCUGACAGCAGAGAACCCCUGCUGCAGUGAGAGACAGACCCAUGUUCUCAAACAGCAUAACACCAGUCUCUCUCAAGCCUUUGAAAGCUGCUGUACCCUCGAUUUCCUCGCCACAUCUGGCCACCCUGAUAGGGGCCCAGGUUCCUCCUUGGUAAGGCACCAUCCCGUCCUGGAGCUAGAGAAACGCAGGAGCAGCCCUCACCACAGGUUUCCCGCUCAAGCCCGCACCCAGCUCCUUUCCUGGGCCCCACCCCAUCCUGGAGUUGAAGCAGAGGAGAGCAGCAUGUAUGGGGCCUGGGAGCGGCCCUUACCACAGGGUCACCCAGCACCAUGCCUGCAGUGCCACUUGGGAGAACAUGGAAGCCAGGAAAGGUACCUAUUUCCUGUUUAAGAUGAAAUGAACAGACUGGCACCGUGGCCUUCCCGGGUCAUCGAAGAAAUGAUUCUAAGGCGGGUUUCCUGUUGACAGUGUGUGUCUGUGCCUGCACAGGGCAGCUGGGUGCUCAGGCUCGCCCCAAGGCGGGAGUGGAGUGAGCGCGGCCGCAUUCCUCACGCGGCUCACUGCUGUCCUCCAGCGCCUCGGCACGAAGGCGCCUGCCAGCACAAGGCCUGUCCAGUGGCCACAGCAGAAACGACGGGCACUUAGCACACUCCUGUCACCCCCGGGUCUGCUCACACGGUAAAUACACAAAACAAGUCUUAAAGGAAAACGAAUAACUUCAGUGAUGAGACACCAACAGUGAUUUGAAAACUGAAAUGUCAAUUUUAAAUGGUGCCAAGACAAGAACUUAAGAGUGAGUUCUCACCCAUUUUCUCUUCCUGACAAACCAAACAUUCUGUGCAAAAUGAUUCUAAACAGCAAGAUACAAGUAGGCAAAAAAUACACAAGGACACACACCGCCGGACUAGACAUGCCUGCCUGACUCUGCAGCAGGCCCUCGGCAGGCGGCUGGCCAUCAUCCCAGGACGCCCUUAGAGCUCGGCAGGGCAGCCUCCCCUCCCCACACUUCCCAGAUGAAGGCCCAGGCCCAGGAAGGAAGUACUCACUUUCCGGUCCUGCAUCUCCCUGGGGGUCACAGUCACACGGGGGGUGCUGCGCCAGGGCCCGGGGCUGAGAUGACAGCCCCACAGCAGGUUGAAAGGCCACAAGGCAGACUGCAGCUGAGCGUACAUUCCCACACCAGGUGGUGGUUCUUCUGCCCUAGGAAUGGGGUUGAUAUUAAUGGUCUGAAAUGAAGUUGCCCAAAUCAAGCCAGGAAGGGACUGGCUAAUUGGCCAGUGCGCUGGUGCUGCUCAUCCCUGGUGAGGCGGAGACUCCAGAGAGAAGUAACAGCAGGGAGCUCCCCUUCAGACCUGCGGAGCUGCGGCUCAGGAAGGGGCCAGAAAACAUCGAAUCCAACCACACCCUCCACAGAUAGGAAAGCAAGGCCCACUGCCUGAGGUGUCCCCCUUUGGGGUCUCGGUCCUGGCCAGGCCACCAGGGGAAGUGGACUUUGACCUCAUGAUAGGUCCAAGGACCCCUGUACUAAGCUGAGUCGACUUUUCCUUCUGGGACGGUGGGUAAAUGGGUGGGUACGUGCUGGACACAGCUGGCGUCCGGGCUUGUGAGCAGGCUCGCCGUAGGCCAGCGUCCUCUCCUCUUGUCCCUCCGUCCAUGUCCACCCCUACUUUCACCCUGAGGUAGGGACGGAGGUAGAAGGAAGGACAAGAGAAGGCACUGGCCUAUUACGAACAGAGCUCUGCUUGCUCACAAGCCUGUUUUGGUGGCCACAGGAGCCAAGAGCAGGAAGGAACCUCUCUGGAGAUGGGACUUGAACACCUGUCUCUGCAGCCUCCACCAGGUUCAUGCACACGACACACACUCAGAACACACAGGAUCUUCCCAGCAGCCUGCAGUCAACAGGGAAGGGGACUGAGCUGGAAGCUGAGAUCAAUACCGGCCCCACUGUAGUCAGCUAAGGACAGGGGGUGCCAGUUAAGAGCUUCGCUGUGUGAGACCACCUGGAGGGACUUACGGAGGGACAGUCAGGGCUGGGCCAGUAAGCCACCACCCUGCACCCCUGCCCAGUGUGGCCACGCAGCCAUCACCACCCCACCUGUGGGAGCACGGAGGCCCGGCCCCUGCAGUUCUGAACAGCUGCACCUGCACUCUGUCCCCUCGGCCAAGGCUCUUCCAGUCUGUCCUUCCUUCCUCCACUGCACCCUCGCUGUGCCCUCCUUCCCUGUAAAAAUCUGACCUAACCUCUCCAGCCUAACUCAGGCACCCCUUGUCCUAAAACCCACCCUCCCUGCCCCACUCCCUGAGAAGGAGUCUUCACCACUGGCAGCAGUCAGCCCAUCUUGGCCAUCACCGCUGUCUGUCCUUGUCCUCACUGAUGUGACCUUGUCAAGUUUGGGCAAAGGUCUGAUUGAUUCCCUGUGUCCUCGGUACCUAAGCCCGGGGCCCUGCCACCUGAGCCUUUGAGCUACCGCGGAGAGGGUCCCUGCUGAGGGCUGGAUUCCCAGAAGCCGGCCAGGCCCCUGGUCUGGUGAGGUGAGAUGCUCACAGGCGCUGACAGGGUGUGGAGGCUGCCUCCAUCAAAGCCUGUGGGCAGUCACAUUUUUGGAGGAGGAAAGUCUGUUCACCCCAGGGUAGGAAGAAAUGUCUGAACUGCCCUGUUCACUCUUGGAAAUUUUGGUCAAAAACCUUCAAUAUAAAAAAUUCCGACCCACACCUGAACCUUAGCACACGGAGCCCUGGGUGGGGCCCUACCUUCUGAACCUGGGAUCUGAGGCUCUCUCAAGUCACAGGAGGAGGAGACUGGCUUCUCCUGGCCACACAGCCAAGUUUGAGUCCGGUGUGGCACUGGAAUGCCAGGGAAGAGGGCAAAGUGAGAAGGAAAUACUGGGCCUGGCACGGCCCCAGCCCCACCCCAGGUGGUCCUCCACCUGCUUCCCACGCCCUCCAGCCGGCCUCACUGCUCCCGUGCACAGUGGGCCCCCUUCACUGUCUGCUCCUGUAUCCCAUUCACUCCUGGCAUUCCCCCAGAUCCCGGCCACAUUUCCCUACUUCUCCCUGGCCGGCUCCCCAGCCUUGCCUCCCAUGGGUUCCCUCUGUGCCCUCCUCAUUGCUCUGCCCCUUCACAGAAAGUCACAUGCUGCACCACCUGCAUUGCAGAGUCCUGGGCCCUGCCUUGGGCCCCUGCCAGCCCGUUCCUGUCCCAGGACCCCCUCAGCCCUGUGCCACCACUCUCUGCACGUUCUUUCCCUCCCUCUCACAUCCCACGCCUCACCCUGCAGGUAUCCCCCAUCAGCUGCCACUUUGCCCAGCUCCAACCAAGCCUCCUUAGGCAGGCAAAGGGCCCUCCAAGGGGCAUCACCAGAUCUCUGGGGCCCUGACCCCGGUCCUUGUCACCCCAGUCUCUGGAGCUCCCGUCCUGCUCCUUGUGGCUUUCGGCUGCCCAACCUCAUGUUUUCCCUUCCUUUUGCCCUUCCCUCUCUGCCUCUUCCGGACCGGAACAGCUGCUUUAUGCGCUGGCCUCAGCCUGAAGUGGGAGCCCCUGCAGGCAUCAGCUGCCCUGCUGGGUCUGAGGACCUAAUUCCUUUGCUUCUCAAGACCACCUUUCACUUUCCUUCUCAAGUUUUCCAGUGUUUGAUGGCCUUGCCUGUCCCCCGACCAAAAAGUGCCAGGGCUAAAAAGGUCCAUGUCCACUGUGGCCUGCGGGCCUUGGCUCCCAGGACCAGCAUGGUGGCUCCUCAUGUUGCAGUAUUGAGGGGAACAGCCCAAAGGCUGGAAGGAAGAGGCUGAGAACUGUGAGUGUGGAAUCUGUUGGGAGCCUGGGUCUGAGGGGCAGGAAGAGACAGGGUGCUGCUGGGAACUGUUCCUGGCAAGGGGGUAAAGGUGGGGCCCAUGGCCAGCCAAAGGCAUAGGUGGGUCCCAACCAGGCAGAGGAUGUACCUUGAUCAGGCUCCGCUCUCCGUAAGGGAUGGGGUCCCUGACAUCAGAGAGCCUUAGCGUGUGGAGGACUAGCACUGCCCUGGCCCCUCUCUGGUUUCGGUGUCCCAGUCACAGCUUGGUGCCCCUGGGCGGCUCCAAGGACUGCCGCAGGCACAUCUGCUCAUGCGUGGUCUUCUGCAGGGCCUGGGUCUUCUCCGGAUCCACCUGGACAUAUUCCGCCUUCUUGCCGGAUGUGACAGAGC